CCAGCCCUGUCCAGCAUGAAGUUUGCGACUGUACAGGCGUGUCUUUGGUGGUGUGGAUACAUCCACUGCCUUCUACACACCAGCUCCUUUGGGCAGGCGACUUCGUGGAGUCCGACACUGCGCCGUCGGACAGUUAAUCUGUUUGAAAAUUAUCAACAAGCGUUGGUGGAUAUCGAUCUGGAGCCCUUUCAGAUACUCUAUCUCACGAACGAUGGUUCCACGGAAUCCCCGAAUAACAUGACCGAGAUGGAACUCGUCCAGGGCACACGAGCACACGUGAUGCAAUUUUUUGCCGCCGACGACGAGUUCGAAACCCUUUCACUGUACCAUACCGUACGCUCCGAUCGGGAGGCGCUGUUUUGGAAUGGGACCAAGGUGGCGUUCCGGGGUACCGCCGUUUACCGGACUAUCGGCAACGGCACGGAGGAUGCUACCGCAUUGGCCUCCAGAUUUCGCGACGCGAAAUUCAUGCAGCAACAGGAGUACUUGUGCUUUAUGGAAAAGAACGCUUCGAUGUAUGUUGAAAGACUACGAAAUUCGGGCUGGACAAGUUUGCGAGCAAUUAUGGUUAUGAGCAGUCGAGGGAAUAUGGUGGAGUACGUUGACGGGAAAAUGGUGGAAAGCGUUUCGGGAGGCAGCAGCGGUGAAGACACGUUGUCGCCGUUGUCAGGAGGAGGCGAACCCAUGGACGAGUCCAUGUCAAUGACGAUGUAUAUUGUAGCCAUUACCGUUCCAAUAUCCGUCGUGGUUCUGAUGUGCGCGUUCUGUACCUUAUACCGACUCCGCUAUCACGUCAACUGGCGCAGCACGGCAGCCCCGAAACAAGCCUGGCAAAGCGAUCAAAGACUUGGUGCGCAUGCCAGCAAAAAUUCGUUGCAGCACUCGAUCGAGGACGGUAGCGAAACCCUAAGUUGUCGGGAGAAGGAUGACGGGUACUGA